AUCAAGGUAAUGCAAAACCAAAAAAAAACACAUACUGCUGUGGACGUGAAAAAUGGACAUGCAAAAAAACUGGCAAGAGGACUCACGAGUUAUCACGGGUGAAAAUGCAGGGCCUUCAUGCAGCACGUGGCAUCAGCCAGCACCCAUGUACCUGCCAUCGACGUCAUACACAGCGUAUUACGCUGGUGGUGACACGGCAAACGUCCCGUGGCAAGCUUCACAAAUUGCAGGUGGAGCACGACAUUUUGGUGUCACGGACCACACAAGAUGGCCAAAUGCAGCACAACAAGAACCUACAACUACAGUGAACAGCGGUGCGGGGACAUCUACUGCGGGGAGCUCUGAGCGCACGGAAGACGCGUUCCACCAGCCAGCAGACUGUCAUGCCGCAAACAAUUUCGAGUCAGAGUCGGGAAUGGCAAUCAUUCCAGCAAUGCCGACAAGCACCCCUUUGAACACAAGCACUAGCAACACUCGAGUAGAUGGAACUGCCGCCGAUACUGAAGCGAAUGAUGAAACUGACGACGACGCACAAGAGGAUGAAGAUGGUGGGCAAUCCGAGAUCGUGGUACCUCAGCCACCAUACAUUGGGCAGAGAUUUGGAUCGUUCGCAGAAGCAAAGGAAUACUACCAGGCAUACGCAAAGUUCCAUGGAUUUGCGGUCAACACCGAGUACCAUAGGAAAAUUAAGAAAACUAAUGAGUACAGCAGAGGUGAGAUGAGGUGCCACAAGGCACGGAGGAACAAGAAGGGGAAAGGUGUUGCGCCUGUCAUUCCGGAACGAAAGAGAGGCAUCAUUCUCAAGACGGGGUGCCCUGUCCGGUGUAAGCUAAACGUAGAUGGAGCAACAUGGGUGGUCAAUGAGUAUUUUGACGAGCACAACCACGAACUCAUAAAGAAGUUCGACCUGGUGAAAUUUCUGACCGCCCACAGAGGGUUCACCCCCGUCGAAAGGAAAUUCGUAAAGCUGCUACAUGGUUGUAACGUUGGUCCAUAAAAAAUGGUACAGAUACUAUCUCUCAUCCACAGCAAAAAAGGGACUCUGAGUAGCAUGCCGUACAUACCAGCUGACGUCACAAACCUACAGGCCAAGUACCGUAGAGAGAGUAAGUUGGCAGACAUAGAGGCCACAAUAGCCUACUUCGAUGCGAAAGCAAAGGAAGAUCCAGAUUUCUUCUACAGGAUAAGGUUGGACGAUGAGGACCGUGUCAGGAACAUGUAUUGGGUGGAUGGUGCUGCAAGGAGAGCCUACAAACAUUUCCGAGAUUGCAUUUCAUUCGACGCGACAUACCUCACCAAUAUGUACAAGAUGCCAUGCGCUCCGUUCAUAGGAAUAA